AUGUCAGGAAUGCAAAUGGCUCCAUUGAAUGUUCCCUUCUCGCGCAGACGACAGACUGCUGCUGUUGUUCUCUGGCUUCUUCUAUUGCCAUGCUGUCUAGCCUUGUUCAUUUUCAUGCUGAUCACUCCACCACUCUUGCCCUUUGCUCUUGGUUAUAUCGUAUACAUCAUGCUCGACUCUACUCCACAACAGGGAGGUCGCAAGGUUAUGUGGUUGAGAAGACUGUCGCUUUGGAAAUGGCUGGCUGACUUCUUUCCUAUUUCUCUCGUCAAGACUGUGGAUUUGGACCCCAAAAAAAACUAUGUCUUUGGGUACCAUCCUCAUGGAAUCAUCUCGCUUGGCGCAUGGUCCAACUUUGCUACAGAAGCUACUCACUUCUCCCAAGAGUUUAAAGGCAUCGAUCUGCGACUCAUGACUCUCGCUGCCAAUUUUAGAAUGCCAUUCUUUAGGGAAAUCAUUCUGCAUCUUGGCAUUUGCUCAGCAAGUCGCGAAUCAUGCGACUAUGUUCUUAAACAAGGUCAAGGAAACGCCAUCAUGAUUGUGGUUGGCGGUGCUGCAGAAGCUCUUAAUGCUCAUCCAGGCACAUGCGAUCUUGUUCUCGUAAAGCGAUUUGGAUUUGUUAAAGUAGCUCUUCGAGCUGGCGCAUGUCUUGUGCCUGUCUUUUCUUUUGGUGAAAACGAUAUAUGGGAUCAAGUUUCAACCCCAAAAGACUCGUUUAUUCGAAAAUACCAGAAAUGGUUUCAAAAAAUCGCAAGCUUCUCACCUCCUCUCCUGCAUGGUCGUGGUAUUUUUACUUAUAACAUGGGAAUUCUACCCUAUCGUCGUCGUAUUGUAUCGGUUGUUGGAAAACCGAUUCAGUGCCCAAAGAUUGACAAUCCUACUCUGGAAGAAACACAAACAUUCCACAAGCUUUAUAUGGAAGGGCUUCAGGAACUAUACAACACGCAUAAAGACACUUAUGCUCCAGACCGCAAGAGCGAUUUGAAUUUUGUCGAUGAAUAA